AUGCAGUUCACCAAGACCGCCCUCUUUGCCCUCCUCUCCUUCGCUGUUGCGAACCCUCUUCCCGCGGAGGGCACCAGCGAGACAACCGAGCUCCAGCUCGCCGCUAAUUGCAACCACAGUAUCGGCAACUGUUAUGAUAAUGACUGUGAUGGCAACCCGACAACCCUGGUCUGCCUCGGUGGCCCAUUCAUUGGAUGCCCUUGCGGUUACAACUGCAAUGGCAAGGGUCCUUGCGACUACAAUGGUUGCGAUGGCGUGAACGGCCGCUGCACGGCCAACUACCUUGGCUGUGCCUGCCAUUAG